GAAUUUUCAACAAGGACAAAUACGUCUUGCCCAGAGUCUCUCAAUCCUUCGCUCAGUCUCUCUUUCUCUCGGUCCGACGCCUCCACAGUCCACGACCUCCAGCUCUCUUCGCCAACCCAUUCGCAGAAUCGCAGAGCACAAAUCGAGGCCACCUCUCUCUCAUCAUUCCCAUUCUCCGAUUCCCCGAUCCCCAACAUCCUCCACCAUCGAUCACUCCAAACGGAAAAGCCUAAGCUUCCUGGUGUGAGACCUGUCAUUUCGAAGGCAAGCAAAUCAAUAGCUGAUCUUCUCAUUGAGUCAUUGAAGCUGGUGAUAAAAUAUACUAAACAUUAAUAAAAAGAUAAAGGAUUUAAGUCCAGUCCAGCUCAGUGCUGUACUAAACAACUGACAAGACUCAAACCCAAGCCAGCCCAAGCCAGCCCAGUCCAAUACUCGAAGCCAAAUCCAUGCCAGUCUAGGCCAGCCCACCAAACAUGCCCUAAGGGCUAUCACCAAAUUACAAGGAUCAUAAAAUAUGACUCUCACGGUAACUCAUUGUGUCGCCUCAAUCCCAACAUACCCAAUCUGCAAGCAUCAACAUAAACCUCCUCGAUCUCUCUCCCGGCGGAUCUUAUCAAGAUCAAAUAGAGUCUCAAAUGUUAACAUUCCGCAGUCAACCUCUUUAACCUUCGAGCCAAGAAACGAGUGUGAGUGCUUCAAUCUGUACGAGCAGCAGGUUCCAUAUGGUCAGGCGUGGGCUUGGCAGAAGAGCAUAGUUAACGAGAAAAAAACUUUGAUUCAGAGGAAUGAGGAUUGCUCGGACUCGCUGUUUGUUCUUCAGCAUCAUCCUGUGUAUACCUUGGGGACUGCUAGUUCAGAGCAGUUCCUUAAUUUUGACAUCAAGGACUCACCUUUCGACAUUUAUCGAACCGAACGUGGCGGCGAGGUUACAUAUCAUGGUCCUGGUCAGAUAGUUAUGUACCCCAUUAUGAAUCUCCGAAAUCACAAGAUGGAUCUUCAUUGGUACCUCAGGUCACUUGAGGAGGUGAUCAUCCGUGCUCUUUCAAAGGUAUUUUGUAUCAAGGCAUCACGGCUUAAGGGCCUCACUGGUGUUUGGCAUGGAAACCAGAAACUGGCAGCCAUCGGAAUACGAGUAUCACAGUGGAUAACGUAUCAUGGCUUAUCGUUGAAUGUCACCACUGACUUAACCCCUUUUCGUUCGAUAGUGCCCUGUGGGUUACUAGACUAUCAGGUUGGAAGUGUUAGAGGCUUGCUGAAGGAAUUUCAGUCAUCCGCCAACUGCAAAAGAGCACGUCUACCUGAUCCCGAUGAUGGCCAGCUACUUGAUAUUACUUGUAAAUCUUUGAUCAAAGAGUUUUCAGAAGUUUUCCAGGUUAGAAUCAAUUAUGAAACCAUCUCAAGGUUGGAGUUAUUAGAAAGGAAACCUGUAAACCAUUUGGAAGAGGAAACUAAUUAAUUGAGGGCUUGAGCCCUGCAUCUCUGAAUAAUUGUUGAUGUGAAACGCAUAUUAGCCCUUGGAUUAUAAAAAUAUAUUGGGCUUAUU